CCCUGUCCCGCGCCUGUGUCCGACCCUUUGUGCCAGCUCGGUUGCCGCGGCAGCAGCAGUGUGCGGACGGCGCUCGUAUGAAGCGUCGCCCCGAGCCCCUCAGAGCCGACCACAACCUACUGGCCCCCGACACGCGCUUCUUGCCGGGGGUCAGGUACUGUGCCGUCUCCCAGAUAAACUCUCUGCCCGCCCAUCUUAACAACCCCCCUCACACCCAAACACCCGGCCGGUCCACGAGACGGCGCCCAGAAUCCUCCCCAAACCGCCGUCUGCGCUUCGAAGAUGAAACGGAGAGGGAGGCGGAGUCACGUUACCAGGAGCGACAGAAGAAAAGGGCGGGGCAUCGAGGGCAAGACAUCCUGGUAUCCAAACCAGAUGUGUCGCAAUACGUCAACGGCCGACACAAAGCUAUAGGUGACGGCCAGUACACGGGUCAUCUAGGGGUCAACCUGCAGCUGCACCCCACCCCACCAGUUUACAACCAAAGCCAAAGUUUGUAUCCAAACCCACCUGCGAGGCCAGUCAUUAGUCUACGCACAGAACCUAUCAAAGAGACCUACAUUGGCGUGGUUACGUACAACGAUAGUGAUGGAGGAGAAGCAAGGGAGCAGGGGGUCAGAAGGAGAACCAAUCACGCAAAACAAAAUGAACUCCAUAAACAAGCCACGCCCAGAUCGGACUUGCCUAUCAACCCGUACGCCCCCGAGCAAACUGUUGUUUCGAAUACAUCUAAAGUCUACUGUCCUCCUUCUCCUCUCACGUCACUCCCAGCGGCUUCACACAACGGCAAACACAAUGAGACACGGACAGAGAGAAAACACAAAAAAAGCAAAGCCAAAGAACAGAAGUGCCAGAACAAGACUGAGGACCACACGGAGCAGAGGGUAUCAGAAGAAGACAACCCACGGAAAGAGCUCCAAACUCAGGGAGAUUUAAGAGUGGGUGAGGGGAGCGAGGAGGUCGAGUUUUCCAAAUCUUCCCCAUCAACAGGGGAUCAACAAACAGCAUCUAAAUCCAACGGAACCAAAAGAUCAAAACAGCCAAUGAGAGCGGAGCAUCACUCUCCUCUUGAGCCGGUGGAGGGCUCUCGUCUCUCUCUUCGCCGUCUCUUCUCCUCUGUUCGGUUGGGGCGCAGUCGGAGCAGCAGUCUGGACAGGACCAGCUCAAGGCCGAGCUCUCCUGCGCCCCCUUCAGGUCACACAAAGCCCCAAGGCCUCCUGAAGAAAACACCGUCUGUUCAGUCCCUUACCAUGGGGUCACCUUUUUUAAAGCUAAGGAAGUCUGCCUCUGUUCAGAACUUUGUGUCGGAGCAGAAAAAGAAAGAUCGCUCUGAAAACUACAAACCUGGAGCUCAAAGCGCCCUGCACCGGUGCCUCAGUGUGGAGGAUGUGAGCUGCCCGAGCUCCGUGCGCUCUGUCGGACGCAUUCUCCAGGUUUACACUGAUGGGACUUUGCUUCUGGAGCUCAGUCGACCCAAGAGCCAAACCUACGGCUUUAUUAUCAGCAGAGGGAAAGGACGGGCUGACUCAGGUGUGUACGUGGAGGACAUAUUGGACAGCAGCACUGAAAAGCUGUAUGCCGGCCUGUUGUCUGUGGGAGAUGAGAUCCUGGAGGUGAAUGAGGAGAAAGUGGCCUGCCUCAGUCUGGACCAGGUGACCGAGCUUCUGAGCCACAGCAGCAGUGUGAGAGUGCGAGUGCUGCGGCAGAGGAAGCCUCCCCCACGGUGAUGGGGCCAAGAACACUCCUGACUGCAGCCUUUAGCGCUAGAGCUUCAGCUGCAGACAACCUGUGCUUUUCAAAGUCACUUUGCUGUUUACUUUUAAUAUAUAAUAAUUUAUUUGCCUGUCACAAAGUUGUCUUGCAUCAUAAUACUGGUUUACAUCAGCCUACGCAGUAUUUUUAUUUACCUGUUAUGUAUUUAUAAUGAUUAUUUAUAACUCAGCUGUGUCUUAAUAAAGACAUUGUUUUGUUUUGAGAUACUC